GUCCGGCCCGCCAGGCGCCGGUCCCCGGGCCCAGGCAGCGCGGCUCGCAGAUGUAGCGGCGCGGGGCCGGCCGGAGGGGGGGCGACGGCGGGCGGGAGCCUUGCAUUUUGCAGCGCUGGGCUCCGAGGGGGCGGGGGCCGGAGGAAGCGGAAAGCCGCGCGGAGUCGCCGGGGACCUCGGUGAACCAUGUUGAGCCCUGCCAACGGGGAGCAGAUCCACCUGGUGAACUAUGUGGAGGACUACCUGGACUCCAUCGAGUCUCUGCCUUUCGAUCUGCAGAGAAACGUCUCUCUGAUGCGGGAGAUCGACGCGAAAUACCAAGAAAUCCUGAAGGAACUGGAUGAGUGUUACGAGAAGUUCAAGCGGGAGACGGACGGCACCCAGAGGCGGAGAGUGCUGCACUGCAUUCAGAGGGCCCUGAUUCGGAGCCAGGAGCUGGGCGACGAGAAGAUCCAGAUCGUGAGUCAGAUGGUGGAGCUGGUGGAGAACCGGGCCAGGCAGGUGGACAGUCACGUGGAACUCUUUGAGGCACAUCCAGAGGUCAGUGACGCCACUGGGCACAGCAAAGCAGGCCAGGAUAAGUCAAAACCUGAGACAGUCACGCAGGCAGAAAAGCCCAACAGCAAGCGGUCCCGGCGACAGCGCAACAACGAGAAUCGGGAAAACGCAGCCAAUAAUCACGACCGUGAUGACAUCACCUCCGGAACGCCUAAGGAGAAGAAGGCGAAGGCCUCCAAGAAGAAGAAACGCUCCAAGGCCAAAGCCGAGAGGGAAGCGUCCCCUGCAGACCUUCCCAUUGACCCGAACGAGCCCACGUACUGUCUGUGCAAUCAGGUCUCCUAUGGAGAGAUGAUCGGCUGUGACAAUGACGAGUGUCCCAUCGAGUGGUUCCACUUCUCCUGCGUGGGGCUGAACCAUAAACCCAAGGGCAAGUGGUACUGCCCCAAAUGUCGAGGAGAGAACGAGAAGACCAUGGACAAGGCCCUGGAGAAGUCCAAAAAGGAGCGGGCCUACAACAGGUAGUGGCGGGCCUGGCUGGACCGGGGCGAGCAGGGCGAGCCGUGUAUUUAUGGCAUCGCCACCGGGAUGGGCGCAGGGACUGCACGUGUAGCCUUCUGAAGACUGUUGGAAGAGGAGCUGUUCCUCUCGUAGGGAUGACCGGGGUUCUCUUCGCUUUUCCGUGGGUGCACAUGUGUAACGAGAGAGUGGUCUGUGGAUCAGCAUUUUAGAAACUGCAAAUAUAGGUUUGAAUUAAA